CCCUGAUAGAGAGAAGGCUCUUGUAAGCAUCGAGGAAAUGAAUGAUCAUAUCUUCUCAAAUCAACACUAAGAGAGAUGGCAAUGUCAUUCCCCAUCUCUUCUCACUCCUUCAGCUGCUUCUCUUUGCUGAGAAUCUGACCCUUCAAACUGACCAAACCACCACACAAAACGCGCAUUUCUGUCCAACAUCACUCCACCUCUCUCUUCUAUGAAACUUUCCUUCUCCACCAUUUAUAACUACCGUUAUAAAAUCUUUCAUCACACCAGGUGGGCCACAAUGGACAGAUACCACCAUCACCACCGUCCAAAGCAAAGGAUCGUAGUCCUCAUGGGCGCCACCGGCACCGGAAAGUCCCGACUCUCGAUCGACAUCGCGUCCCGUUUCCCCUCCGAAAUCAUCAACGCCGAUAAGAUUCAGCUCUACUCUGGCCUCGACAUCACAACUAACAAGAUCCCAAUGCCAGAUCGCCGCGGCGUGCCUCACCACCUCCUCGGAGAGUUCGACCCCGACGACGGCGAGAUCUUGCCUGCCGAUUACCGCUCGAUUGCAUCCGAUCGGAUAAGCCAGAUAAUUACCCGACGCCGAUUGCCUGUCAUCGCUGGCGGGUCCAAUUCCUUCAUCCACGCUUUGCUUUCCGAACAUUACGAUCCAGAGAAGGAUUGUAUCGGUCGUAACAGUUUCGGAUCGGGGGUAUUGCGUUAUAACUGCUGCUUCAUCUGGGUGCACGUGGCGCGGCACGUGCUAGAAGAGUACUUAUCUCGCCGGGUCGACGACAUGCUCGAUUCUGGCAUGUUUGAAGAGCUGGCCGGUUUUUUCAGCUCGAGCGUUACGGUCGGUUCUGAGCCGACAGGGUUAUUGAAGGCUAUCGGCGUGCCAGAAUUCGAACGGUACUUCCAGCGCUACGGAGGGAGUGCGCACAGCGAGGGGGAUUUGGGUAGGACCGAGGCUUAUGAGGAAGCAGUAGAGGCCAUUAAAGAAAACACGUAUCAGCUGGCGGAGAGGCAGAUACAGAAGAUCCAAUGGCUGAGAUCGACCGGGUGGGAUUUGAAGGUCAUGGACGCGACGAACGCGUUUCGGGCGGUGCUGGAAUCGGAUGACGUCAGGUAUAGGGAGGCGUGGGAGAAGGAUGUGAUGAGCCCGAGCAUGAAGGUUGUAAAGCAGUUCUUGGAUGGUGCGGUGUGCUAACGUGCGCCGUGCUUUUUGGUUUUUUACGGGGUUAUCGGUAUCGUAUCGGUUUCGGCCGGCACCCGCGCUUGGCAGAGGAGGCCUCCGAUUUUUCAGAAGCAGGACGCCUUGAGAGAAACGAGAGGUGUUUGGGGAACAGGAGCGGAUUAGGUGCGGCCCUUAUCGUUGGGCCCACCUUGAUAUAUUAUUCGAUAUCCACGCCGUCCAUCCGUUUUUACAUAUCAUUUUAGAAUAUAAGCUAAAAAAUGAAGCAGAUCUAAUUCUCAGGUGGACCAUACCAUAGGAAAGAGUGGUGAUAUAUCAUUGAUGGGCCAAAAAAGUUUUCUAUCAAUAUGAUAUUUGAAUUUUUUUUUUUUUCCUUUUUUCCUUUAUCCAGGUUUUAUGUGACUUAUUGACCAUUAAAGGCCAAAAAAGACUUUUUCAAUCAAUCUGAUAUUUGAUUUUUUAUUUUUCUUUUUUUCUUCAUGUGAGUUUAUCAACAUAGCAAAUAAAGCCCUUUAAUGGUAGA